GAGGCCACACAUUCCACAUGCUGUAAAAGGUAGAUGAUGUCUCAGAGGGAUCUUUUCCUCCACGGAAAUCUUGAAUGAGGACAUUUUUUACUGCAUGCACCAUCUCAACAGGAGCUGUUGAGGAACAUCUGCGUUUGGGCGCCAUGGCUUUAAUGCAUGGAUCAGUCCUUCUGGACAAGAGUUAAAAUGAGAAUAUGGAGAAUCUUGGAGCUGAUUUCCCAGCAACCUCCUGCUCCAGAGUAACACGUUUCCAACAAAUCUGCCUGGCCAUCCGCGCCGCCGCAGCUUGUGUUACACAGUCACUAUAAAAUAUUCAUCCAUGGAAAAUCUCUUUGAUUUCACUCAGUCGUUUAUCUCCAGCGUGCCAUGUAGGUUAAUGUCAGCCUAAACAUGUGAUUCAUGUUGAAGCAUCAGGAAAAGUCUGGUCGGAAGAAGAACCUAAUUUAUCUGCAGGUCGGAAAUAAAAAAACAUGUCUACUUCUUCAACUGUUACUCCAACAGGAGGGCCGGGUAAAGGUGGCGGCGGAGAGGAUCCCGCCAAGUCCAGCGAGCAGCAGGAGAGGAUCCGAACCCAGAUCCUGUCCGGAUCAGGCUUCUGCAAGUGGUUCAACGUCCGGAUGGGCUUUGGAUUUAUAUCAAUGACAAACAGCGAAGGGAACCCCGUAGACCCUCCUCUGGAUGUUUUCGUCCACCAAAGCAAACUGGUGAUGGAGGGCUUUCGCAGCUUAAAGGAGGGUGAGCAGGUGGAGUUCACGUAUAAGAAGUCUUCUAAGGGCCUGGAGUCUGUGCGGGUGACUGGACCUGGUGGAGGGCCGUGUGCGGGCAGUGAGAGGAGACCUAAAGGGAAGGUCCCACUCCAGAAACGUAAACCAAAGGGAGAUCGCUGUUAUAACUGUGGAGGUCUGGAUCACCAUGCCAAGGAGUGUGGCCUGCCCCCACAGCCAAAGAAAUGCCACUACUGCCAGAGCAUCACACACAUGGUUGCUCAGUGUCCUCACAAGGCGCUUGCACCCGCCGUAGGCUCUCAGGACCCACAAGCGUCUACCUCGGCCUCCGCAUCAGGCACCGGGCCCCACCUCGGCCUCCCUGAGGAGGAAGAGCGCUCAAGCUCGUCUCCCCUGGAGGGAUCCUCCUCAUCUCCCGAGGAGCCCCAAACACACCGCAGCUCAUGGACCCAAAGGUGGAGGAAAUCCUGAAAAGAUCCUAUAGAGGUGAACUGAUUCCAGCGCAUAGCCUCUGACCUUCGAGUCUAUCCUCAAUCAAGGUUACCUGAAGCCCCCCUCCCUACCCCUCCCUCCUCGUCUACCUCACAAUUGUGAAUAAAUGGGAGGUUUUUAUUUCUUUAUUUUCAUUAUGUAUUAUUUUUCUAACCAGCACAGCUGCGGCAACGAUCAGCGGGGUACGGACGUGCAUGAAUGUGUGUGACUGACUUGCAGUCAUCUGGUGCAGCUAUGGAAACGACUGCUGGAAAGGUGACUGCAGGGAAUAAUUCUUUAUGUUUCAGAGGUUGCAGCUCAUUGGUGAAAUGUGAUUUGUUUGUAGGUUUCGAUGACUGUUUUAUUUCUGUUACCCCUUGGACCUGAAAGGGGGCUAUUUUAGAAGCCCUCCCCCAACCAACACACACACACCUAUGUUGCUGACUUAAAGCCACAAUUUUAUACCGUAAGCGCAAUCAUUUGAAGAGAGAAAAAUUCCUGAUUGCAUCUUCGCAGCACACAUGGUAGCUCAUUUGAAAAAGGAUUAGAGGCCAACUCUUAAGAGCUUGCAUCCCUCUAAGUAAUAAUCCAGACCCAAUCGGACUUUUAGCUUGGCUUCUAAGGACCUUUUGGAGAAACUUAAUGCAUUCCUGAGGGGCUGUUUAAAAAGCCACCAAGCUGCUAUGUGUACAUUCUCUCUAAUCACAACCCUCCAUACAUAUCUCUUGACACAGACCGGACCAACUGAUUGUUGAAGUGUGAACAAGUGCAAGACUAAGACAGAGGAGGAAAGUGUGUGGUAUGGAUACUCUGAAAGAAAUCAGAAUUGUCAAACCGGAGCACUGUCUUCUUCAAGAUAGAGUCACGGCUGUUAACUCUACAAGUUUCAUAUUAUCACAGAUAGAAACGUCAUAUAAGAAAAAUAUAUAAUCAGUCUAAAUCAUAGUUUAGAUGUUAAGUAAAGGCCUUAUCAUUAGACUCCCAUUUUGGUUGUUACGUAAUUAGUUCAAAGUAGUUUUUAAUAUAUAUGUAAAGUUACAAGAUAUAAUUAAAGUUAUAUUAACAUUAUGUAAGCAUAUAUAAGGAAUUAGCUCUGAAAUAGGUGCAUAGCCCUGUUUAAGUGCAUGGGAUACAUAAUUGUGUGUGAAAAUUCUCCCUCUAUUUAAUCAUUUUUCUCAUAGACUAUUCCAUUUUUCCCAAACUAUACUCCACUUUUUCUUAUAUUGAUCAGUUCAUACAGUUCCUUGUUAAACUAAUCAUACCCUUUCCUUCCCCCCCCACAUUUUAUGAUGAAACAACCACAAAUGUCAACACUUUUAUUUGGGAUUUUAUGUGAUAGAUCAACACAAAGAUGGGAUAUUUUUGGGAUAUUUAGUUGAUUUUAAUAUUACUGGUACUGUUGUUAAAACUCUGGAUGUCAGUACUAUUCAUGGCCUGUUGCAUGGACACUUACUCCAGUCCAACAGAAACUAUAGAUUUUAUUUAAGCAUAUUGUUAAAACAUGCAAAGAAUGUGUGGGAAAUUUGUUAUGAAAGAAUAAGAUGGAGAAAAAUGGAUUCAGGGUUGCAAAUCGAUUGAUCUGUCGAUUAUUUUUUGAUUAAUCAACUAAUAGUUGGGUAGCCAAAGAUUCCUUAAAGAACACUUUUUAUGAAAUUAAACCAGGUGAAAAUCAAACACAUUUCCACUUGUUAGUUCUGGAUAGAGCAUAUUGACAUAUAUAUAUAUAUAUUUUUUUUAAAUCUUAAAUGUAAAAUGCUUAUAUAUUUUUUUUACAUUCUUUGUAUUUUUACUGCCCUAAGUGGGUUUUUCUGAACAGCUAAGGCCGGUUUUAGUGUCUCUAUUCUCCAGUUAACAAUUAUUCGAUUACUAAAUUAGCUGACGAUUAUUUCAAUAAUGGAUAUAUCAGAAUUAAUCCAAUUAAUUGUUCCAGUCCUAAAUAGAUUUACAGCGAUCAAUAUUGUUAUUCAGUAUUUGUUUCCUAAGAGGUGCAGCCCUUGCUGUGUGUGUCUGCACUGGCUUUGCACAUCAAGAGAUUGCAUUUUCGUCUUACAUUCUUCUUUAAAAAAUGUCUCAAACAGACUAACAGGCUCAUUCCAUCAUUCAUUGACUCUAAACCACCUUAUAUAGAGUGUAAAUAAUAGAAAAUGUAUUAAAAUUGUAGACUCAGUUUGCAUUUGAUUUUUCAAUGGGGGCCUGAGGUUGAGGGGUCUGUGUAUUGAUAAACAGCAUACUUUUAAAAUUCUUGACUGGAACAAAAAAUUAAAUUAAAAACUACAUAUCCUUUUACUUGUGAUUCUGUCACAUAUAAUCCCACAAAAAUACUUGAAGUUGUGGUUGUAAUGUAAAAAAUAUCUAAUUUUGCAAGGUACUGUAUGCUCACAGCACAAAACUCACCUUGAAGGUGCAGUUUCCAACAUAACCUCAUUAUCAUAGCUGCUUUACUCACAUGAUACCUCACAACUUCUUCCUCUGGGAAGUGAAUUUCGAUAAUGUCUGCUUUUCUCAGUGUUGUUUUAUGUUUCUUAGUAUAAUCGAACCAUAUUUUCUCAUCCGUCAGUGCCUAGCAUUUGUCAUUCAGCACCAGCUAGGUAAUUGGAUGACAUCUCUGCUGCUACUGCUCCAGAAUCGAAACAAUAGAGGGAGAACUAGCUGGAUGGAUUAUGUUGCUUUUGGUAUAACUUGAAUCCCAAGCAUGGCUUUAGUGGCACUUACUGACACUAACAACUCUUCUCUGACCAUACUGAAUGUGAAUAGAGCUCAUCUGAAGUCGACUUCUCACAAUGUUCAUGUAAGGUCGCUUUGGAGUUGUUUCUUAAUAUUCUGACAAAUCAAAUAACUUUGUACAAUUAUAUCAAACUGGCAUGUGAGUGUUUUAAAAGCCAUGUUAAUACAAACAACCUUUUUGGUAUAUUUCUAUAUCAAAGAGGUUUGGCUUUUUAAAUUUUGAUUCUUUUGAAGGCAUUUAAAGUUAAGACUUGCUGAAGUGCUUGCUAUUCCUCUUACUCUUUCAGAAUCAGAGCAUCUUAUAGCCGAAAGUGCAACACAGUGUUUUUUUUUUUUUUUAUAAAUAUAUAUAUAUAUAUACAGCUUUGAGUGUGUGCGUGCAUUGAAAAUCAAACCACAAAUGCAGCUCGGCGUAAAAGAAAUGGUCGACCAAACUUCAGCUCAUGCUCAAAUCUCAAUGGAAACAUCUUUUUGUAUGAUGUAUUUUUUACAUUUUUACUCACAGGUCCUCUCAGGAUGAUUAACUGGUCUCAGGGAAUUAACCAAAAAAAAAAGAAAAGAAAAGAAAAGAAAAAAAACAAAAACAAAGUGUAUAAUAUUUGUUAGGGAAUCAUCCACUGACACACUCCACAGACUCUUAAGCGAUGCUGAAGUGACAUAUUACAGUUCAAGUACUGGUGUUAGCCACUACCUCUUGAGUUAUACAAAUGUUUCUGUUUUUUAUUUUUUUAUUUUUAUGAGCUGUGUUAUUAAUUUUAGGUCUGUGUAAUACUGAGGUGUACAAGAUGGAGUCUUUCGUGUUGCCACAGAUUUCCCGGUCUUCCUUUCAAGAUUUAAUAAUUUUUUUUUUCUUACUGGAAAUUAUUGCUUUUUUGUUUACAGCAAGAACCUACCUCAUUAGCUCUAUUUCUCUACAAGCUCCUUACCUCCUUCAAGGCUGCAUAAAGUUGUAUCACUGAUUCACAAAUCAGACCUGAUGAUGGCUUCUCACUUUUUUCCUCCAUCCUCUAUUUGACAGUUUUCUGUUGUUUUUGAUUUGCAAUUCUUCCCUAAAGCUUUUAAAAUAUCUCAAAGCUAUAAGUAAUGAGUAAAUGACUAUUACUUUGCACAAAGGCAGUGAGUUUACCUUAUUUUUUGGGCUAGUUAUACACAAAUGAAAUAUUUUAUGGGUGUGAGAGUCAUUUUGAAAAUACUAUAACUGUUGUUUGACUUUGUAUUUUAUCAUAACCAUUUUUAUAACCACUUGAUAUGAUUUGCCUAAGGAGAAGGAUAGGUUUGCACUUGAGCAAGGAUUGCCUGUGUUUGUUUUUAUCCCUCAGAUUUGUUACCAAAUAGAUGUUAUUACCUGUUUGCAGGCACCAUGGAGAUGGCCUUUGUCAGCCAUUUUUUUUUACCGCUCAAGAUAAUCAAAAGUGUUGCUCAGACUCAAUGCUAAGUGAUGUUAACGAUAAUUACAUUCAUGCAAACUUAUUCUUUUUCUAUAUUAGAGAUAACAUUUACCUUGAAAAUCAGUAGUUUUGGUACUAAUGGUGAUUUGUUUUCAUUUAGCUGACAUUCCUAAAAGUGUUUAUGAAGAAAAAGAAAAAGCGUUGUUCCAAAAUAACUCAAGAGAUUAAACAUUGCAUACAAAAGCAGUAUUACACUUCACAAUCAACGGAGAUUAUAACUGUGUUGUGGUGUAUCUGUACAUGGAACAGAAAGCUUGAUUAAAUGAGUUUUGGGAUGUAUACACAUA